AUGAUGUUUGACCACAGUAUGGAUAACAACAACGCUCCCUUUGUUUUCCCUACUUUAUCGCUCCUGCUGCAGAACAACAGCUACCCCGAGACCUUCAUCCCUCCUGCUAGCCACAAGAUGACAGAGUCACCCAAGGAACCCAGGUCAAGCAGGAACCAUACUGUCUUGCAGUAUGAACUGAGGCCAGGGGAAAUCAUAGCAGCCAGUAUGGUUUUUGGAAUAUUGUGGUUGUUUUCCAUCUUCGGAAACUCCCUUGUUUGCUUGGUGAUCCAUAGGAGCAGGAGGACACAAUCAACCACCAACUAUUUUGUUGUCUCCAUGGCUUGUGCAGACCUUCUCAUCAGUGUUGGAAAUGCACCAUUUGUGCUACUUCAGUUUACUUCAGGCAGGUGGAUGCUGGGGAAUGUGAUGUGCAAGCUGGUGAGGUAUAUACAAUAUCUCACCCCUGGAGUCCAGAUAUACGUGCUCCUCUCCAUAUGUGUGGAUCGAUUCUACACUAUUGUCUACCCCCUGAGCUUCAAAGUGUCAAGAGAGAAAGCCAAGAAAAUGAUUGUAGCAUCCUGGAUCUUUGAUGCUGCAUUUGCAUCACCAGCUUUCUUUUUCUAUGGCUCCAAUGGGGAUGACCAUUGCAACUUCUUUCUCCCAAAUUCUUGGGAAGGAGCCACCUACAGUAUCAUCCAUCUCUUGGUGGUGUUUCUGAUCCCAACCAUCCUCAUUAUCCUAUUCUAUCAAAAGGUUAUCAAGUACAUUUGGAGAAUAGGCACUGAUGGCAGGACUGUCAGGAGGACAAUGAAUAUUGUCCCAAGGACAAAAGUGAAAACCAUCAAGAUGUUUUUAAUGUUAAAUUUAGUGUUUCUCCUGUCGUGGCUCCCUUUUUAUGUGGUACAGCUGUGGCACCCACAGGAAACAGACUACAGAAAGUGUUCCUUGGUUUUCAUGGCUAUCACAUUGAUCUCUUUCAGUUCUUCAGCUUCUAAGCCAACCCUGUACUCAGUGUAUAAUGCGAACUUCAGAAGAGGGAUGAAAGAAACUUUUUGCAUGUCCUCCAUGAAAUGCUACAGAAGUAAUGCAUAUACCAUCACUACCAGUUCAAGGAUAGCAAAAAAAAAUUAUGUUGGGAUCUCAGAAAUCCCAGCACCAGCCAAAACUGUAACCAAAGACUCAAUCUAUGAUUCAUUUGACAGAGAAGCAAAAGAAAAAAAGCUUGCCUGGCCUAUUCAUUCAAAUCCUCCAAAUACAUUUGUCUAA